AUGAAGGCGAUUGGCGUUGGUAGUCAGACUUUCUUUCUGCUGGUAUUUGUGUCUGUGACCAAAGCUGCUGCACACGGAAGAAGUUUAAGAACGCCUACAUCCUCACUGGUGGCAAUCCGGACAGCCAGACUCCACAAGGUGUGUGAAACCUGCGGCGAUGCAGGACAGAACACUUUGCAGAAAUCCUCGGAGUACUGCGAUGAGUUGCACGACCAAUGCACAUGCUGCGUGAAGGCAGUGAAAAAUCAGUACAGCGAGAUUUGCUCAAAGUACAUGGGCUUCGGCGGCUGCAUCAGUGGCAUCAAGGCUGCUAUAGAGAACAAGGAGGAGGAGUGCAAGAAGAAGCAGAAGCUUGCCGACGCAUGGAAGGAUCAGCAGAAGCAGAAAAUCGAGGAGGCCAUGGGCGAGGAUAUCUUCGACCUGCACAAGGCUGCAGGGAAGAUCGUUGACACGCCGUACAAGGACGAGUGCGCGGCCUACGCUGAGCCCAACUGCGACUCUCAGGAGGCGCUCUGCGGCUUCGAGUCCGGGUGCGACCGGGAACUUUGGAAGUGGACCUCAGAGCUGCAGCGAGUCGAAAGUUGGCAAGGUAUGCUGGACACCAUCCCAUGUUUCUGA